UGAUGUCCUCAAAGAGAAGACGGGUUAUUCGAACUAUUUUUCCUUUUAUUAUUUUACUUGUCUCUACACUAAUUAUUUUUAACACUUUAUUAUUUAAAAGCAAUGAAGAUAUUGGUGGAGAACAAAAUUUAAAAUUAUUUGAGAUUGAGAAAGAUUUUAAAUGGAAAAAAGGACAAACUGUUAAAAAUGUUGGGGAAAAACAACAGGCUUGUAAAAUUCCAAAACUUGAAGUUAACGGUUCUGAAGUAAUUAAAUUUUACAAAAAAUAUCCUCCAUUGGACUGUGCUAAAAGGAAGCCUAAACCUUGGGUUUAUAUUGAUGAGGAAAGGAGAGUACAACCGACAGAAUAUGCAAAAAGUAAAAUUGGUCUUCACAAUAUAAAUUGUAAUUGGGCAUUUUAUAGUCGAAAAACAGAUUCAGAACUUGUUUGGACAGAAGAAGAAAUUAUUAGAUUUGGUGCUAAAAUUGAAAAGGGUGAUUAUGUUAAAAUAAGUUGUAUGGCUGGAAGUAGACAAUGGAGUAAUCCAUUUAUGGUUGUUGUUCCAAAAAAUAAAGAAAAGAAGAAGAAAGACCCCAAUGAAGCAACAAAACUUCUUCAAAAUUCUUCAGACCCAAUAAAUGUUUAUAUACUUUCAUUUGAUUCGCUUUCACAAAUGUCUUUUAGACGUAAUUUGCCUAAAACUGUCAAAUUUUUGGAAGAAAAUGAUUUUGCUGUUUUCAAUGGUUAUAAUAUUGUUGGUGAUGGAACACCUCAAGCAUUUAUUCCAAUUUUGACUGGUUUUACAGAGGAGGAAUUGCCACUCACUCGUAAGCGUUAUUCAUCUGCUCGUUAUGUCGAUGAAGUUUAUCCUUUUGUUUGGAACAAUUUUUCAAAUGCUGGGUAUGCUACAAUGUAUGGGGAGGAUGGGCAUUCUUUUGGCACCUUCACUUAUCGUUUAAAAGGCUUUCGAAAUUCCCCAACACAUCAUUAUCCAAUCACUUUUUUUCAUUAUGCCGAAACUUUAGAUAAUUCUAGAGUUUGUAUUGGGGCAGAAAAACAGCACAAUGUCUGGUUUCGUUAUAUCGAAUCAUUUUGGAAUGAAUAUUCAAAAUUACAAAUUCCUCGCUUUUUAUUAAUGCAUCAUUCUUAUUUGUCUCACGACGAUAUAAAUAAAGUCCAACAAGCUGAUGAUGAUUUGUUUGCACAUUUGCAAAAAAUGAAAAAAAUGGGUGCUUUUGAUAAUUCUUUGUUUAUUGUGAUGGCAGAUCAUGGAAAUAGAUUUGCAAAAUUGAGAGAAACACAUCAAGGUCAAUUAGAAGAAAGACUUCCAUUUUUCUCUGUACAUUUUCCUCAAAAAUAUAAACAAGUUUGGUCAAAUAUAAAAAUAAAUUCUGUGGAUAGACUUGUAACACCUUUUGAUUUUCAUGCAACAUUAAUGGAUAUUUUUAGAUGGCCUAAACUUGGAAAUGAUUAUUUUUCAAAUAAAUUGAUGACUUCAACCUCUAAAGAUUUCCAAUUUCCUAUGAACCGGGCAAUUUCUUUUUUGCGUGAAAUUCCAUUGGAAAGGACUUGUAAACAAGCAGGAAUAGAAAUACAUUGGUGUACCUGCCUUAAUUGGAUUAUUAUUAAUAAUGUUAAUGAAGUUAUACCUUUAGCAAAUUCCGUAAUUGAUAAAAUAAAUAAAUAUACAGAAUCAGAACGUUCUCUAUGUUCAAAAUUGGAAUUAGAAAAUGUGGAGAGUGCAAAAAAAUUAGUUCCAAACGAUCAACUUUUAAAAUAUAAUGGUGCUGUAGAUUUUGAUGGUUUUAAGCCUCAAUUAAAAGGAAAUGUUAAAACAAAAUUUGCUACAUAUCAAAUAGUUUUUAUUACUACACCUGGUGCAGCUAAAUAUGAGGUAACCCUUUUUUAUGAUGGUAAUCAAAUUAAAGUCGAUUUAUCUGCUAUAAGCCAUAUUAAUAAAUACGUGGAUACUCCACAUUGUAUUAUUGAAAAAAAUUAUUUUAUGGCAACUUGGUGUGUUUGUUAUGAUAGAAUCUAGAAUUUUUAAUUUUUUUUACAUUUUUUUAUUUUGGUCAUUUUUGCAUCUUUUUUAUAUUUUUUUAUUUGCAUUUGGAAAUAUUUCUCUUGCCACUUUUAUAUUUUUUCAAAAAAUAGC